GACGCGGGCCUCAAGGAGAGGAGUGAGGAGAGGGACAGCUCCCCCGAGCCGUCCCCCAUGCGGAGGCAGCGAUCCGAGGAGCCCCCGUCCCCACGCCACUGCUCCCCGCCAGCGCUCGCACACGGAUCCAUCGAGCGACUCGGUGUGCCCUUGCACGGGUGUGCGUUGGUGCGUGCGUGCGUGGCAGGAGGCGUGCACCAGAAUGGGCUGUGCGUGGGGCCUGUGCCACUCCCCGCCAUGGCCCCGCGGCCCGGCAGCCAUGCCCGUGACGACGCCAAACACGACGGCAACGACAGGGGCCUCGCCGAGCAGAAAGAUGGAAUGGCAGUGGGGAUGCUGGCCGGCGCGGCGGGGGAUAAACAGCACAGCCUUGCCAGCCUCGCUCAACUCCACGCAGACUUCCCAGCCGCCGCCUUCCUCUUCCCAGACGGGCUGUCCUCCACCGAGACCCUGCUCACCAACAUCCAGGGCCUACUGAAGGUGGCGGCCGACUCGGCGCGGGCGCAGGACAAGCAGGCGCAGCUGGAGAAGUCGGAGCUGCGCAUGGAGAUCCUGCGGGAGCGCGAGGUGCGCGAGGCCCUGGAGAGGGAGCUCGCCACCGAGCAGCGCAACCGCGAACUCGUGCAGAAGCGUCUGAAGAAGGAGAAGAAGGCCAAGAGGAAGCUGCAGGAGGCGCUGGAGUUUGAGGGCAAGCGGCGGGAGCAGGCCGAGCAUGCGCUCACGCAGGCCACCAACCCCGACGGCCUGCGUGGCCUCGGAGAGCCACUGAGCCCCAUGAUGGAGGGAGAGAGAAGUGGACAGGGGGAGAACGAGAGAGUGGCUCAACAAGAAUCGAGGAUGUACUUCAAAAACCCGGGACUCUACUGACCGGGCGUCAAGGUGGCAACGAAUUGGGUUGAGGGGGUUGUGGGGAGGGUGGGGGGUUGGGGGGCAGGGCAGGGUUGGGGCGGGGGGUGGAUGGCGUUUGGACUAAAACGAGCGGACGGAGUUGUCAAGGGUCACGCAGCCAAGUGGUCAGUGGCGAUCACAGCCCAGGGGCCCCUGUGGGGGUGAGGUGGGGCGGGGGGGGGCUGGGGCGGGUGGGGGGGGGGGGGGCAUGUCCGGGGGUCGAGCCCCCCGUGAACCCAGGGGGGGGGGUCCGGAGGCUGCCCCGACUCUUCCCGAGCGAUUUCCUGUUUGUGCCCCGGCGUGCGGGGGGGGGGGGGGGGGGGGACCCGUGCUUCGUGCCCGUUGCUGCGGCUGCCCCCCGCGUGUGUUUGCGGGUCGAGACGGCCACCGGACGUCCGACGGUUCACUCCACGUGCCGGGAGCUUCCUCCUUCUCCUCCUCGUCGUCCUCUACUUUUUCUGCAGCUGAAUUCUCCAGGAACCCGAAAACACAUCGGGAGCUGCUCGCAAGCGGCUCGUAAAAAAUAGGGGGGGUGGCGGGGGCUGGCUGAGAAUUUGUUGACACUGAAUCCCGGUGUCUGCGGGAGUGAAUCUGCAUGUCCCGUCUUUACUUGUGGUUGCUGAACAUGAACGUGUGUUUGGGGCGUGGGGGGGCGGCCCUAAGAUGCUGCAGCGGCUGGCGGUUUUUUUUUGGGGGGGGGGGGGGCGUGAGGAGGUCAGGGUUAUGAUCCACCACCCCUCCCCCCCCUCCCACUUGGAUAUUGAUUGCGGUUGUAAAAUAUAAAACGGAGUGUGCCCCUCUCAUACUCCCCCCCCGCCCACCCCUCCCCCCUCUUCUCCCACCACCCCAACAACACGUCCAUACACAUUCCCUCCUAUUCCUUACCCACCCCCCCCUACCCCCCUACCCCCCUUCCUACCCCCCCUCCCCAAAAGAUAGAGUAAUGCAAGGGCACUUUGCGAUGGUGCGAACACAAAAUUCAAUAGAGAGCACUGCCCUACAGCCAGCCAUGCUCGGGAGUAUAACACACACAAAAAUACGAGAUGCACCUUUUUACAAACUUAGUUUUUUCUUGUGUAAUUUAUGAUUUUAUAUACUUGUUUUCAAACAGUGCACAAAUCCUCUCUCCCGUGAGUGUCGCCUGUGUCGGGGUUCACCGGCGGUGGCGGUGGUGUGUUUUGCGGGAAGCUCCCUCGUUCAGGGGGAACCCUACUGAUUUAUUCUACAGAUCUCGCAUUCCCUUCCCGUGGUGGGCGGCGGUGGCGCGGGUGGGUGGGGGGAGGUUGGCGCUCUUGGUGGUGGCGCUGGAGGUGGCGCACCGCUGACCCACACGCACACACGCACGGACGGGCGCGACGCCACUUGACUAUGUAAUUACGAAAUGGGAGUUGAGGACGCAGUUGCUCAUGCCAACGGUUAAUUGUCGCCAGAGUUAGCUCUUAUAAGAUCCAUUGUACAGUAACGAAUCUGCAGUCAUUUUUAACGCGAGCGCAAAAAAAAAAGAUUGAAGAACGCGCGCGCGCGUACACACACACGUGAACAAUACUUGCUGUAAAAUAUUAACACUGUUGUCUUACUUCGGGCCCCGUGAAACGACCGGGGUUUCCUGUAACACUUUCAUAAAUGAUGGCACCCAUCCUGUAACUUCCAACUUUUAUGUGACCGUUGUUUUUUUUUGUAAAAAUCAAAAAGCUGAAAGAAAAAAAAACGUAAGAAAAAUAUUAAACUUCACGUCCGGA